UUACUUUUUUAGAAUGCAUUUUCUGUAACCCAAAUCCUAGUUUUCAUAUUUCCUUAGGAUGCAUUUGGAACAUAUUUGCGGGUAUAUAAAAUGUCCAUGGACAUUGCUGUCAGAUAAUCCAGAUCUUUCAUAUGUAACUCACAAAGUAGUUCAGGCUUUCCUGGUAGUGAAUCAGACUAGGCUAGAACUCAGCCAUGUGCCUGCUCUACUGUUGUUUAACCAUAAAGUGUUCUAUGUCUAAGCUUACUAAAUUAGUAACUAUAAUGAGAGCUGAUUGUGAUCCCUUCAUUAUAUAUUUGGGUUGUUCAAACUGAAAUCCACUUAGAAAUUAAUUUAACUUUACGAACUUAGAGUUUUUGAGGUGUUACUAGGAAGAGUACCAUUACCACACAUCAGAUUCUUAGGGGUGGAAGAAGACACGGUUGUAAUGUAAAAGCACUUAAGUAAAUACAUGUUUGUAUAAAAUGGAAAGGUCAGUGUAAUGUUUUCAGGUCUUUGGUGCUUUUGUUGUACCACGAGGACAUUGGUGGUGGUGUGGUAGUUAGGAGCAUCCUCCCUGGGAGCCAUACUGCAUGUACUGAGCCCGUCCUGAAAUCUCUGAAUCCUUUGAGCCCUCGGGCAAUUUAGCCAAUUUCUCCAAGCCUCAGUUUGCCUAUCUGAAGAUGGAAGUAAUCAGCAUAGCACUUUCUUGCUAGUGUUGUAAUGACCACAGAAUUCGUCACUAAAAUGCUUGGAACUGUGCGCCACAUACUGAGUGAUCAAAAAUUAGUUUCCUUCUCAUCAUCAGCCCUGGGCCCCUCUUUUUCCUUCUCAUCUAUUUUCUACCCAACAGUCAGAUUAUCAUGUCCCUCUACUGCUUCAGAUCUGUCCCAGUGUACCAAGAGUAACAGCUGGUCCUCUCUGCAGCCUGCCGCCCUCACCAUUCGGUCUCGUGCUGCUCUCUCCCUGUUCUUAGUUCCUCAAGCCCCAGAACCUGUCACAGCUUUUCCCUCUGCAGAUGAUGCUCCUCUCUCAGCACCUUACUAACUCUUACUUAUUUUUUGAGUUCACAGCUUACAUGUUUUAUACUUGAUUCUUUGAUAGCCUCAUAUUAAAAUCAGGUUUCUUUCUGUCUUGGUAUUUAGCAUGACAGUAAUUAAUUAUUCUUGCUAACUUUCUGUCUCAUGUUAGACCAACAGGUUCCAUACAGAGGGAUACAAAUUAUAUUUAUUUGAUUUACUGUUAUCCCCAGGACUUAGCAGAGUGCCUGGCAUACAGUAACAUUUUAUUUAAUGUUUUACACAGGAAGAAAGAGCAACUUGAACAUAAUUGCUUCAGAGGCAGAGCCUUAAGCACCAGUCAGUUAUAAAGAGCCGAUUGAAACACAGAGAUAUAAUUAAUAGCUUGUGUGAAGACUUGCUUUUCUCCUUCCAUUUUUGUUUACAGUUAGCUGAACCGAUGCCGCUUUCAGAUACACAGGGGGGACAGGAUAAUGCUAACUACAGAUUAUUUCAGAAAACACUCAAAUUGUGUCGUUUCUUUGCCAAUUCACUUUUGCACUAUAUUAAGGAAUUUCUUCCUUUCCUCUCUGAUUCCUGCUGUCCAUUGCACCAGCUUUAUCUUCAGAUAUACAGUAAGUUUCCCCCAAGCCUGUAUGCUGCCAGGGUUUCCAAAGCACAUGAGGAGGAAAUAGCAGGUACCUUCCUGGUGGCUCUGGAUCCACUCAUCAGUCAGCUGCUCACAUUCCAGCCUUUUGUGCAAGUGGUUUUGGACAGUAACUUAGACCUGCCAUGUGAACUGCAGUUCCCACAGUGCCUGCUCUUGGUUGCUGUCAUGGACAAGCUGCCGUCUCAGCCUGAGGAGGUGCAGGCCCUGUGGUGCACAGAAAGCCGCGUCCCAGCAGCUGUGAGCAGGCAAUCUCUACUCCAAGCCAUUUUCCACAGUUUUGAGCAGUGUUCUGGUGAACUGUCUCUACCUGUUCAUUUACAGGGGCUAAAGAGUAAAGGGCAAGCUGAGGUGGCUGUCACUUUGUAUCAGCACGUUUGUGUUCAUCUCUGUGCUUUUAUUGCUUCCUUUCACCCCUCACUGUUUCCUGAACUGGAUGCUGCUCUGUUGAAUGCUGUGCUUAGUGCUAAUAUGAUUACGUCUUUGUUAGCCAUGGAUGCCUGGUGCUUCCUUGCUCGGUAUGGGAGUGCAGAGCUCUGUGCACACCAUGUCACCAUAGUGGCUCAUCUGAUAAAAUCUUGCCCUGGAGAAUGUUACCAGGUCAUCAACCUGUCGAUACUGCUGAAGCGUCUCUUCUUCUUCAUGGCCCCAACCCAUCAGAUGGAGUUUAUCCAGAAAUUUUCUCCAAAAGAAGCAGAAAAUCUGCCUCUGUGGCAAUAUAUUUCCUUCCAGGCCUUACCCACUGAACCCAGGAAACAGACUGCUCAGGAGGUCACCAGAAUAGGCAGUAUGCAGUGCAGGAAAUGGCUGGAUGGCAGUCAUACGCUGGGAGAACUGGAAUCUCUGAACUCAGUGCUGUCUGCUUUGGUUGCGGUCUGUGCGUCUGCUGGAGAAACUCUGGAUAUUGGGCAUCAAACUGCAAUUACAGAAGUUGGGAGUCAGCUUUGGACUUUCCUAAGUGUUAAACAGGUAACAGAUCAACCCUGUGUUCAGCAGACAUUCAGCAUUUUACUGUCAUUAUUGGGAUUUUUUGUUCAAACUCUACAUCCUCAGCUGAUAUGUCAGGUAGUAAAUUUGCAGACCUCACUACUUAAAUUUGGACCUCCUGAUCAUGUCUGUUUGGCAAUCGUCGAUUUUGUGUCUUCUCUGGGAAAACUUUUUAUACCUCACACUCUCCAGGACAAAAUUUUGCCCAACCUGUCUUGCAUUCUUGCUUUACUGCUAGCUGACAAGAACUGGCUACUGGAACAACAUACCCUGGAGGCAUUUACUCAGUUUGCUGAGGGAACAAAUCAUGAAGAAAUAGUGCCACAGUGUCUCCGUUCUGAGGAAACUAAGAACAAAGUUGUGUCCUUUCUAGAGAAGACUGGGUUUAUAGAGGAGACUGAAGCUGCCAAAGUGGAACGAGUGAAACAGGAAAAAGGUAUCUUCUGGGAACCCUCUGCUGAAGUGGCGGCUGGAGAAACUUGUGCAAAAAGAGCCCGCCAUGAGUUCCCUUUGGAAGAACAGUAUAGGUCAGCCGUGCAAGCAGUAGUCAGGGGCCUGGAGGCCACCGAGUCACUGCUCCAGAAGGCUCCUGCUCCGACCUGGCUUCUGGUGGAGAUGGAGGGACUAAAGGCGCGGAUCCAGCAGCUCAAACACAGAGUGCUCAAGGGUGAAUGCCGAACAGACUGCACCACCAGACAGACUGUUUGACACUGUCAAUUGUCAGGGUAUUUUGUAAAUGAAAAGACUUAGUAAUUAUAUUUAUACAUUUUCCAGCACAUAUAAAACAGCUUUUAUAAAGGUGAA